AGUAGGUCUCUCAAAAUCCGUGCGACAAUGUCAAUUGGUUCUUCCAAACGUGCCUGCCUUUUUGUGGGAGGAAGGGCGGUGCUUAUCGAGUUAACCAUGAAGGUACGCUGCAUCUUUAAACUGCACGGAGCAGGUUAUGUUGCCAUGACAGCAUACCUCUGGUAAAACGUAUUCACGGGUUAUUUGCUAUAUACCACACCCCGUCGUGCCUUUUUGCUUAGGCAUACCAUCGCUAUCAGCCAAUCGGGAUUCAAAUCCCUAAUUUAUAACAAGGGAUAAAUGUCCUCCAGCGUUUUUGGACCCCUUGCAAAAGAAAAUAGCUAAAAUGCUACGUAGACAAUGCCAUUGUUGUUUGUCAGCUUGAUUUUAAACUCAAAACAUGGGAGAAAUCUAACUUUUGAGGUGGGUCUGUCAGCUUCCAUGUAUGGCUACCGCAAGUGGAACGGGAAGUUACGCGACAUGAGAGACUGUUCAGAGAUGCCUUGCAUUGACAGCACAACUUAUUUUAUGUUUAUUGAGCGUCAUUAUCACAGCAACUAAAUCUCCCGCCCCCUCAGCGCAGUCUUGGGUAGGCAACUCUGUUGCGCCAGCGGUAUUACUAACCACCGCGUCAACUUUAUCAGCCCCUGAUAAUCGUAAAGCGCUACUUACCUUUCCUUCUUAUGUACACAGCAUUUUGAAAAGAUGACUAGCUUGAAGACAUUUAAGGAGCCAUUCGAUAGAAUAAUCUCUGAACCAGUGGAGGACAUAGAUACUAGCAGCUUUAUGGCAGAAAUGUCCUUGAAGUCAAACUAUCCAGUCCAAGUCACAGAACCUCAAGAUACAGUGACACUGCAGCUGAGAUCAUUGCCAUCUGGCUGCCUCUCUCCUGACAGAAUAAGACAGCCAGUGGAAGAUAAUGUGGAGUACAUUUGCUCAAGCUCCAUCUCACCAGACUUCCCCAAGGAGCUACAGUUCUUGAACAAUCCAUGUGAUAAGUGCUGCUGCUCAGCUCCACCUCCAAAGAUCAGUGACUUAAUGGAUGACAAGGACUUGCUUGAUUUACUCCGUCUUAAACUUGACCCAAAUCAUUGCACUGUCAAGAACUGGAAGAACUUUGCGAGCCGUUGGGGUAUGAGUUACGAUGAGCUGACUCUGCUGGAGCACCGGACCCAGGGCUCAGUGAACAGCCCCACACAGGAGUUCCUGCUGCGCAACAAUCACAAGACCGUCACCGAGCUCACUGAACUUUGCAGACUCUACCAGCGCAUUGAUGUGCUGCGGCUUCUGCAGCAAUGGAUGGAGAACGACUGGCCCUCACGCUGGCAAAACGCUCAUUAACAGCUUGCCCCGAAACCCUAUCCCUAACCCUAAAAAACCCAUCAGAAACUCCAUAUUAAUUUUGACAUUGCUAUCCACUUUAUAGAAUUUUUAAUGACAACUGGGACGUGGAAAUGUUAGCAUAAGCCCAUUUAUUUAUCAGACAUUGGGUUCCGGAUUUGAGAACGUUGAAGACAACUGGAUCACUUGUAAUAUGACUCCUGCGGAGUUUAGGACAGUGGGACUGAUACUAACAUCUGUAGUUCUGAGCAUCUCAACUAACACACAUUCUUUACUUUUUCUGAGGGGUUGUUCGACCAUGAUACAUAUUUGGGUGAAAUUCCGCUUACCCUGAGUUGUUCUUGAAAGCGCAUGGAGUCAUAUUUAGCAACAAAGUAUUAUUCAACUCUGUCACAGCCUGGAAUUAGCAUUAUUAGGUGACUAUUUUCUGUAGCCGCCACACACAUUCGGCAAUGAUGUCAUCAGUAGUUAGCAAAUGCUAUGUGGUUGUUUACAAAGUAUGACAAUUUUUUUUUUGUAUUGAUACCAUUUGUGAACAAAACAGACCGGUAAACAAAGGAAGUAUCAGUUUAGGUAAAAUCAAGAUAUAUUGUGCAAAAAUUUAAACAUUAUUUACAGGGAUACAACAUUGACAGGUUAACAACACUCCUAGUCCUUUGGAGUAUUUUCCUUCUAGCAAUGCAGCUUUUGUGGCUCGGGACGCAUAGUUUCAAUUCAUGAAUUUGGAUCAUGCUACUGAUGCUAACUGCAGGCCGGGACAAAGGUGAAUAAUGGAUUGUUGUGAAAAAUGACUUCAUGGGCCUUCAAGAACAACUCAUGGUAAGCAGAAUUUCACCCAAAUAUGAAUAUAGGUUAAACUAUCCCUUAAAGGGCCUUCAUUCCACCUCAUUUGCCGUCUGUCCAAGAGUUGGUGCGCGCACAAAAAAAAAGAGGGCUAUAGAACACAAAGUGUAACUGUAUUUACCAACAUACCCACAUGGCACAUCAAGAACAAGGGAAAAAUAUAUUAAAAUGGUGAAAUGUUAAUCAGUUUUUACUUUUAAGAACAGUAACCAUAGUAAUGACAGGAAUCAGUGUAGUAGAUAUGGCAUAUGUCACAGAUUUGCAUUGCUGUCUUUAUAUUCUCAUACAAAUAUUUUUAUUUCCAAGUAAUGUUUGUAUUCAUAGUUAAUGAGUCUUGACUAUUUUGGUAUAGUUGGGUGAAGCAGAGUGUUCCUUUUUUUAUUUUUUUUUAUUAGAUCUCACAAUGUUCUAAUCCAAAUUAGGACUUUACCGUUGAGUGUUUCUCUGAAUGUGGUUACAAUUCCCCCCCACCCCACUUAAAGCAAAUAAAAGCUAGAUGUUU